AAUUUCUAUAUUUCUAUAUUUUCAUACUUUUUCUUCUUCUUGUUGAUUUACUAUACAUAUAAAUACUUAUACAUAUUCAUACAUACAUACACACUCGUAUAUAUAUAUAUAUCAUGCAACUCGCAAUUAUUGGUGCCAUGGUACUUGCUACUGGCUCAUUUGUCUCGGCAGCAACCCCAACAUCAUCUGGAAUUCUGGCUGUCGCUUCUCCUACUUGGCUGCCUGAUUUCCCCAAGCCUUCAAACGUCCUCAGCGGCUAUCCAACCGGUCCUCUAGACACAACUUCAACACUCUCCCAUGACUCGCUUGAUCUCACAGUCUAUCCUGAACCCUGGACAUCUCCAUCGACAACCCAUGCCGAAGUGCAGGCUGUCUUCAAUGCAAUCGACUGGGACCAUGUGCCGGCCGCAUCAACCCACAAGGCAAAGUCAAACGGUGAUCUUGAUUUUGCAGGCUACGACGAAAACACUGAUCCAUACUGCUGGUGGUCUGACACCAACUGUGUCGAUCCAAAGGUCACAUAUCUGCCAAGUGACAUCUCUUACUGCCCCAACGCUGGCGACUGGGGCCUGACCUACGACGACGGUCCGUUCAACCCAACCGGAAACUCAGCCGUUGACAAGUACGCCGAGCCAAAUCUCUACAACUUCCUGGCCACCACAAACCAAAAGUCGACCUUGUUCUACAUUGGUUCCAAUGUUGCAACUUUCCCAGCUGCCGCCCAGCGUGCCCUCAACGAUGGUCAUGUUCUGUGCGUUCACACCUGGUCCCAUCCCCAGAUGACCUCCCAGUCCAAUAUCCAGGUCGUUGCCGAACUUUACUGGACUCUGCGUGCCAUCAAGGAGGCAACCGGUAUUACUUCUCGCUGCUGGCGCCCUCCAUAUGGUGAUGUCGACGAUCGUGUACGCGCAAUUGCCUGGCAAAUGGGCUUGCGCACCAUUCUCUGGGACGAAGACACCAACGACUGGGACAUGCCCGGAGAAGGUGGAGGAAACCUGGCUCCCAGUAAGGUCGACAGUUACUUCCAAGGCUGGAUCGAUGCUCGAAACAGCGGCAAGGACAACAAGCGUGGUCACAUUGUUCUCGAACAUGAAUUGAACAACUCUACUGUUUCCAUGACCGAGAAGUGGCUUCCUAAGCUCCAGCAAGUAUUCAACGUCGUCUCGGUUCACGCUUGCAUGAACAUUUCGCAGCCUUACUGGGAAGAAAACUGGGUCUACCCCACCGAAGCCAACAAUAUCACUACUUCUACUCCUGUUUCUGCUUCAUCUGCUGCUUCUCAAUCAUUUUCAGCUACUCCCGUCCUGUCUCUUGCUCCUUCUGCUGUAUCCUCUGCAUCAUCCUCUGCUGCUGACUCGUCCGACAAACAGUCAGAUUCCGCUUCCUCAGCUGAAGGUCUCAAGAGUGCUUCCACUGACAGUGGAGCGUCUAAUCUGUUUGUUUCUGGGUCCAUUACUCUUGUUGCUAUUGCCACAGCUCUUUGGCUGUCUUAAGAUCUGUAGUUUUCAUAACAGCUCUAAUCUUUUAAACCACAAUAAUAUAUAUAUAUAAAUAUAUAUAAAAUUAUAUCUUUCUUUCUUUUUUCUUUUGGUUUCUUCCAACCAUAAUUGCCAUUAUAAAAUAAAGAAUUUAAUUCAACGUA